UCGAUCAACAUGUCGCGGACAAAGUACAUGCCUAUCAUAUGUUUUACUUAGUUGAAAUUUUGUAAAAAAAAGUACUACGCGCACAUGCCCACGUGAAUUUACAAUCAAAGGGGAUAAAGUAUACAGUUUGUAUUAUUACCGAUUUCGAACACGUAAAUGCAACACGCGUCGCAACGGUGAUUGACUCCGAUGCUCAGUGAGCACGACGAUUCGAUUGUUUGUACGAUGUUCUUGGGGUUGCCGGGUGGCACCACCUUUAUCUUCGUCAUCAUCGAGAAGGAGGAAAACAAAAAAUAAAUCACCACCAGCACGUCCACGCAUGCAUAGCCACGGGUAAUUAAAGACCCUUCGAGAGAGGAAAAAACUCUCUCUGUACAUGUAAACAGGAGGGGAGCAAAAAAAUGGCAGUAUUCGAAGUGCCCCAAAUAACAUCGGCAACAGCGGCAUCGGCGAGCUCACGGAUGCUCCGGCACGAAAGCACCAUGAGCUGUUCGUCGUCGUCGUCGUCGUCUAUGGGGGCCAGCUGCGAGUACCCGUCGAGUGUCGUGUACCUGCUGGCUAGUGCCUUUUUCCUCGGCGUCGGGGUCUUCAUGCUACUAUCUGCCCUCGGAGUUCUCGGUGACUCGCUCCACGCCUACCUAGAGGUCUGCUGGUACCUCGGCAUGGUUUUCGUUCUCUGUGGCGUGGUUACCGGGGUACAGUGCUACUUUUACCUCCGCGAAAAGCUCGUCUGCAGUAGCUUUGACGGACAAGGCGCAACGGCCCCGGUACACCAACGGCGCAACCGGCGUCCCAGGAGCGGUCGACGACUCUGGCUGCAAACGAACCGAUCGUCGAACCGGCGGGGCAACCAGGACAUGCUGCCCCAAUGGGUGACCCAAUUGAUACACGACCAGCUGCAACACCUGGGCCCGGGCGAGGAGCUUCUGAUAAACUUGCCCCUCAACGGGGCGUCGAACCCUCCGCCCUACGAGGUUGUCGUUGUCCAGGGCUCCCGCGACGCACCCCCGCCCACCUACGUUGAGGCCAUAGCGCUGCUCAACCACCAUCAGCAACAACAACAACAACAACCUGCCUCUCAAGAUGCAGCGGAAAAGCCGAGCUGUUGUUCCGCAGCCUCGCCACCGGCAGUGGUCAUGGCUGCGGCGACGGAUGAAAUAGCCGUGGUGGCAUCGGUCGAAAAGCCGUGAUUUUACGCACCCUUCUCUCGUUAAACCUUUACUGGUACAACGCCCUACUGGUGAAAGAAGCGAUGAGGAAAAAAAAAAAAAAAAUGUUUAUCGCCACUGUUGCCCGAAACGAGAGCAAACCCGUUAAUGUGCUCUCCGACAAUGAACUUUGGCACUAUAUACAUAUACGCGUGUACCAUAUAAUUAUUAUAUCUCUCGGGUAGUCAUAAUGUGCAUGUGAACAUUCGAGAUAAUCAGAGUACGCUAAAAAUUGUCAUACAUUUUGCAGUAUCUUGGAGCU